CUGUUUUGUAGAGAUUGUGACUUCUUUAUCAGGCCACCACUUGAGCCGCCAACGCGCUAAUGGUCGUUCCUUCUUCCCAGCUCCAGAUUUGCUGUGACCGUCGCUCUUAUUUUCUUUUCACCUCACCUCGCUCUAUCAACAAACCCCCAACAGCGUGGACUAGUUUUAUUCUUGUUCCUUUUGUGUAUCUCAUUUUUGCUUCUGUCUUCUUCUGAAGAGGUUUGCUUUGUCGACUUCCGGUUUCUUCCCUCGUCUUUUAGCUCUGCCACUUGUGAAAUCCGACUCUCAACACCUUCGCCACUCUUCAUACCCCGUCCAUUUUUUUUAACAUAUCUCCUCUGAUCUCCAUACAAACCGAUGGCUACUAUGGAGUACGAAGCGGAGAAUGGUCGUUUUGAUGACGAGCCCCGAUUCGAUCGCGAUCGUAGCGCCUCUCCAAGAGGCAACGGGAGAGGUGGAGCUCGGAACCGAAGCAUGUCUCCAAUCGGCCGCGGUGAUCAUCUCCGCGUACCCCAAAAUGAUCGGGCUAUGAAAGGAAACGACGACGAUGAAGGAAGCGUCAAUACUGGCUCUAAUCUUUUCGUUACCGGUAUCCACCCACGACUUACUGAAUCAGACGUAUCUCGCCUCUUCGAGAAAUAUGGCGAUGUUGAGAACUGCUCGAUUAUGGUUGACCCGCACACAAAGGAAUCGCGCGGUUUCGGUUUCGUGAAGAUGGUGACUUCAGAGCAAGCGGACGCGGCAAAGGAAGGCCUUCAAGGUGAAGUCAUCGAAGGGAGAACUCUUAGCAUUGAGAAGGCUCGUCGUGGCCGCCCCCGAACGCCAACCCCUGGGAAAUACUUUGGUCCGCCAAAACGUGGAACAGCCUUCGGUCGUGGCCCGCCCCGUGGCGGCCGUUACGACCGUUAUGAUGACCGUCGGGGAGGAUAUGGCGCCAGUGGUGGCCGUCGACCAGAUGAUAGCUACCGCUACGGCCGUUAUGAUUCGUACAAUGAACGUAGUCGGGAUUACGGUCGCCGUGACUUCCGCGACGAGCCAUCCUACCGUGGUAUCGAUCGUUAUGCGACAUCAGGGGGACGCGAAGGAGGCCGUGAAGGAGGUCGUGAAGACAGGUACGAGCGUCGUGGUGGCGGUGAUGACCGCCGUGGAGAUGAUCGUCGCGCUUACUACGAUCGCGACGAUGCUCGUUCACACCAUUCUGCCCCAUUUGCGGAUGCCCCACCACCUCCCCGUGAGUCCCGUGAUCCAUACGGAGGCCGUGGCUACGAAGGCCGUGGUGGAGAUGACAGGUAUGGCGCCAGAUAGGUAGGUAUGAAGGAUCAAGAAAGCUUCAAAUUGUGGCCCGGCAAUGACCAUUGGCCACUUUUUGGACUGCUUUCUUUCUUCUCCACUUUCUUAUUUUUCUCUUGUUUCUAUUAUUUUAUUUCUGUUCCUGUAUUCCACGAAUGGUUUAAUGUCACUACCCUCAAUUGAGGGUCAAGAUCGACGGUUACGGCGGCGCUUCUCUAUUUUGUCUCCCAGAAAAGUCAACUUUUCGCGCAUACAUGGUUUGUCGGCGAAUACGGAAAACAUUCUUCCAACCUCGUACGAUAUGAUCAGCCCCAGGCUAACUUGGUGUUGAGAUCCCGUCUAUAUGGUUUUUUUCCUUCUUUCUUCUCGCACGGAUAUCGCAAAUUGGCGGCGGAUUGAACAAAACAAAAACAAAAAACAAUAUGUCUACCUGUAAUACCCUCGGUUUUUCUUGUGGUCAGCACUAUUCUUCAGUUUCAGCUAUGGUCGUUAUCGCUAUUCAACUUUAUUCGCCGUAUCACCUCUCAUCAGCCCCAGGUAACGACUGUCCCAAGAGUUCGCCCAAGAGGAGCAGAGAUGUCAGCUCAAAGUACCACAGAAAAACUUUCCGCCUCGCGUCUCAAAAAAGCCAAGGUUUCAUGGAGUCCAGCACAAAUCAGUCAUCAUGACGCCAUGUUCGUUACUUGUAGCCGCCAUUCCUUUUCGGUUUCUUUGAUAAUAUUCACCUGUGAUCACCCGUUCAAGACCGCCGUAAAGAUUGUCUGUGUACCGCGGUAACUGGCCAAGCCUCUGUCUUCUUACGUGCCCACCUUCCGCUUUUUUGCCAACCUGUUCGACUUCGUACAAGCCACAUUAUAGGAAUUCGUCAUAUAAUUAAAACUGCAGUGCAUCCCAGUCAAAACAUUUUAUGCUUCAUUGUUUUCAGCAGAAAUAGCAACGAACUUCCAACCCAAACAAAAUGGUAAGUUGCAAAUUUGACAUGUCGUGCUAACUUUUUUUCACUUCAGCUUUUUGGCCGGCGAGCCCUGUCAGCCUCGCUAGCUUCGAUGAUAGUAUCAAGUUUUACAAUACCCGAUAAGGAUGUUGAUUACUAACGCUAUUCUAAAGCCUGAAUUCGUUGUAACUCCUUCCUGUAUCUCUUUAGAAUGGGAGGCAUGAAUGAUAAUCGCCGCUCGAGUAUAAUGCAAAACACACUCCUGGUGACUUCCUUUCGCGGCAGAUCCACCUUAAAAAGAUUGAGUCAAGGAAUGAGCCAAGUCAAUGUGGAAGACAAACCCUUUCGCCAGACAGACAGGAAUUUAUACAGAUAUGGACCAGUUUGACUAAAUCCUCGACCUGUCUCCGUUACUUGCGGAUUGUGAGGCGUCUGUUUUGUUUUCUGAGACCAGGACGUCAGAUGCGAAGCAAAACUGAACUGAACCCCGCCUCUCUUAAACUUUGCUACUGUUUGCAGGCUUGCAUCUAAUCUGACUUGCUUUUUCCCCCUUAUUGAAAGCUACAAAUAUCCCACCUAAUUUCAUGAUCCAUCUACUAAAGUCAACAGAGAUCAUCUCACUUCCCGGAUCAUGAUCAAAGAAUGAGUCCUAUCAAAUGAUCUCCAUAACUAAUAGAGUACAGAGAUAAACUUAAAUAGAAGAAAAAAUGAGUAUUCAAGUUCCCUAAG